AACAAGUUUGCUGCAGGUAAAAGCAGUCUCUGGUCUGGAUGAAAUAGGAACUUGUGUUGCCUUUCAAAUCUAACUUAGAGGUUUUAAUGGUGAAGGAUAUUUGUAUUUUAAUACUAGCUUUGUUUUCCUUAUUGCUUUUUGUUGUGUAGGGCUUGAGCCCACAAAUUGGAAGCAUGAGGCUAGAAACUGAAAAAUGCAAGCAGAAACAAAAAGCCAUAUGGCAAUAGCAGGAGUUUCUGCCACCCCACCUUAGGCUCAUGACAACAUGCCCUAUAGUUAACCUACAGUCAGGAACUAAUAAUGACACAGAUGGAAGUGAGCUAGCACGUGUAUUCAAAGUAGUACCCCUCAGGUUUUAAUCAGCAUCUUUCUGUGUCAGGUAUCUAAAUUGCCAUGGAGAGAUUAGCAAAAUAUGCCUGUGGUACACAUGGUAAAAGCAGCUUUGUGUAGUGGUUGAAUUGAGGGGUUUGGAGCAAGAGCUGUGACUUGCUGCAGUCUGGGGUAAAAUGUUUAAAAUACCUGUGGGCUUUAGGCUGCCCAGAGGGAAAACACCGUUUCUGAUGGGGUUCCUUCUCACCUAAAGAUGUUGGGAUUCAGUAUUUGCAAAGCACUUUGGAGGCUUUGAUAGCACGUUCUCCAAAAAGUGUUGUACAAUUGGGAGUCACAACAGCUUAAGUACCAGAUUUCUUAGCUUUGGCAACCUCUUUUCCUCUCUGUAACUACUAAUUAUCUCUGUUGUGACAUUUUUGGUUUUGAUUUUGAAUAGGAUGGUGACUUCUACAGCUAUUCUGUUGUGUUGUGGAGAUGUUUGGGAGAGGGAGAAAACUCAGCUCUUUCCAAGACUAAUUGUGUAAUUUAAUGUUUCUUGCUUUAACUUUCUCUUUCCUCCCCCACCCCCAGCUAUUAGAAGAGAAGCUGUCCUUCCCUGCAGCAUAGUGGGAUCUGCUUACAUGAAGGGACAGUUCCACCAAGUGAGAAGAGUGAUGACCAUCCUUUUCUUUACUAUGGUUAUCUCAUACUUCACUUGCAUGAAAGCUGCCCCAAUGAAAGAAGCCAGUCUAAGAGGACAAGGCAGCUUGGCUUACCCAGGCCUCCGGACCCACGGGACUCUGGAGAGCAUAAACGGGCCCAGUGCCGGUUCCAGGGCGCUGACAUCGUUGGCAGACACCUUUGAGCACGUCAUAGAGGAGCUCCUGGACGAGGAGCAGGACAUCCAGCCCGGCGAGGGAAACAAGGAUGCAGACUUGUACACAUCCCGAGUGAUGCUGAGCAGCCAAGUGCCUUUGGAACCGCCGCUGCUGUUCCUGCUGGAGGAGUACAAAAACUACCUGGAUGCCGCCAACAUGUCGAUGCGCGUGCGGCGCCACUCAGACCCCGCGCGCCGCGGGGAGCUGAGCGUCUGCGACAGCACCAGCGAGUGGGUGACGGCCGCCGAGAAAAAGACUGCGGUGGACAUGUCCGGGGCCACCGUCACCGUGCUGGAGAAAGUGCCCGUGCCCAAAGGCCAGCUGAAGCAAUACUUCUACGAGACCAAAUGCAACCCCAAGGGGUACACAAAGGAGGGCUGCAGGGGCAUAGACAAGAGGCACUGGAACUCGCAGUGCCGAACUACGCAGUCUUACGUGAGAGCUCUCACCAUGGAUAACAAAAAGAGAGUUGGCUGGCGCUUCAUAAGGAUAGACACUUCUUGUGUAUGUACAUUGACCAUUAAAAGGGGAAGAUAGUGGAUUCGUGUUGUAUAGAUUAUAUUGAGACAAAAUUAUCUAUUUGUAUAUAUACAUAACAGGGUAAAUUAUUCGGUAAAAAAUAAUUUUAUGGACUGCAUGUAUGACUGAAGUUUAUACAGUACAGUGGUUACACAAUCUAUUUAUUGAACAUAUCCAUGACCUGAAGGGGAACAAUAGUCAUUUGCGCACAAGUUUAAACAAAGAAACAAAAAAAAAUUAAAAAAAAAAAAAAAAGAAAAGCGAACAAAAAAGUCUGCAUUACAUUCCUCCAUAACAUUGUGGUUUGUCGCCGUUGCCAAGAAUUGAAAAUAUAAAAAAUUUAAAAAAAAAGAAUAAAAUUGCAUGCUGCUUCAAUUGUGAAUUAAUGAUAAACUGUCCUCUUUCAGAAAAAUAAAUUGAACCAAAACAUUCUGUUUACAUUUUAGACAGUAAGUAUCUUUAGUCUGUUAGUAUAUAUGUUUACUGCUUCUAACUUCUGAUAGCGUUGAAAUUAAAACAAUGUCAAGGUGCUGUUGUCAUAGUUUUACUGUUUCUCUUUUACUUUUGAACUCCCAUCAGAUUGAAAAACAAAAAAAAAAUCAUUACCUUAUUCUGGAUUAGAAAACAAUUUGGUUUUUGUAUGUUGUGAAGGUGUUUGCAAUAGCAGUCCAACUACUGACAAAAAAAUAAUAAAAAAAGGCAACUGAAAAAGAAUGGUGAUGUUCCACUUCACAUUGUUGAACUUCAGGCUUAAAGACAACACUUAUUUAACUGUAUGGCAACAUGCUUUUUUUGGUUGUUGGGGGAGGGUGGUUUGUUGUUGUUGGGUUUUUUUUUUUUUGUCUUCUCAAUUUUCAGUCUUUUGAGACAUGCAUUUGCUUAUACCAUGUUUGCUUGUGUUUGAGAAAUUUUUUUUCCCCUUUUCUCCCUCUGGAGGGACAUUGGUUGUGAUCUUAAAGUAUUUCACUUACCAUAGAACUGGAGCUUGUCAUAUAGAGAAUAUUCUAUAGUGUUCAGAGCAAUUAUUUUCCUAUAAUAAAAGACUGUGCUUGGAUCAAAUGUCUUGGUGAAGCACGGUGAGAGUGUCACUAGAAAAAGGGUCUAGAAAAGAGGAUGGAGGGUCUGAAAUCAGGCUGGUUGUGGGAUUUUAUAGCUCAGCCAGUUUGGGAACAAAUAACAGUGCUUUGGGCUGGCUGAGGCUGUCCCAGUUGCAGUCAAUACUGAAUGUGCAUUCUGUUAGAGAGCAAGAGCUUGGCCAUGUGUGUGGAUGCCCUUCCCCUGCAGAGCAUGCCAGCAGCCCCAGCCCUGCAGAGCAGGUGGGCAAACUCUGGGGCAUCUGUGCCUGAAGGAGCCUAGAAACCAGCUUGGGAAUGGACAGAGAGGAGCUGCUUCCAGCAGAAAGCAAUUGGCGUUGUGUUCGUGUGGCUCAACCUCUGCCGGCAGGCUUACCUUGUGAAACAAAUACUGCCACUAAAAAUCCACUCUGGAAGCAAAUCAGGAGCAAGUGCUGGAGGAGCUGGCUUAGGUGGCUUAGGUCUGAGGGCUGUGUUCAUUCUGUGCUCCCCUCUGCUGACAGAAGUGCUGCUAGGAAGGCAGGCUGUGAGGCUGAGCUGUGCACAGCACACUGGCCACAGUGGGCUGAGCGCCGAAAUAGCUCCUUAGAAAGCUCACUGGAGGCUCAGGCUAUAUUUGUAGUUCCUGGAGAUAAAAAAUAGCUGAACAAGUAGGAGAAUACUGCAAAAUAUAAUCUGCUUCUGAAUACUGUAGAAUCUGUGUUUAUUAAAACUCUGACUGGGUAAAGCUUACAGAAAUAUGUUUGCCCCAGUACUGCUCUUUGAAGAGCAUAUUUAAAACUGAUUUUGUGUCAUCACUGGUAGAAACCCAUGCUGGAAGCUAACAGACACUUCACAUCAGUGAUUACUUCUGCUUUGGGUAGAAGGGCAGCCCCUUCCUGAGGGUAACUGCCUGUCCAAGUGCCAGUGGCCAGACUGUGAGUGAGAAGAGAAGGUUGUGUGACCCACCUGAGCUUCAAACUUCAGCCUUUCCCAUUGAUUGCUGAUGGGCAUUUCCCACACAGAAAAAAAAAAAUAAAACCAAAAAAAACCCCAACCUGAAACCUUAUUGAAAUUCUCAAAACUUCAUCUCAUAUACUUUUCAUGCAAAUUAAAUGAUAGUAUCAAAGACUGUUUUUUGUUGGAAGGGACCUUAAAGAUCAUUUUUAAUCAUGGGCAGGUCCACCUUCCACCCGAGCAUUUCACUCCCCUGGGGCACCCCUGUGCGUGUGUUGUAGUUUGCAUUGAGUAAAGGCAGCGUGACUCAGGAGCUGCUCUCAACAGCAGAGAGGUGGUCUGAUGCUAGCUCCUCUCAAAACAAGGGCAGGCUGCUGGGAAGGAAAGGAUGAUGCUGAUGUGGGAAUAACAAACAAGUUACUCAGCUAGACUGCAAGAGACAGCUUGGAUCUGACAGGAGUCUAAUUCACAUACAGGAAUCAAAUAACUGCCAGUUCAAAGAGACUUCCAAGAGAGAAAUGUUAAUGCCCAAAUCAUGCUAGAAAUAAAGCUCCUUCCUUCCCAGAGUUAGCUGUGACUAUAUCCUUUACUUGUAAAUGCUCAGCUGGCACAGUGAGGGUGGUGCAGGUGUGGCAGAAUGAGAGGAGUGGGAUGGUGGCUCCAGAGGGAUGAAGGACAUCCCAUGGAGCUGGGGGCCCAGAGAGCUGUGCACCAGAGUGAUGCAGAGAUUGUAGAGAUGGGAUUGAGAACAUGCUGGCUCUGUGCUCAAUAACUGAUCAAUAAUUGAUAUUACUGAUAUUAUUGAUACUGAUAUUGGCAAUUAACCUGUAGAACUCUGCCUGGCACCUACACCAGAACGAUAUUCACCAGAACAUGCCAGCUCUAUGCUCAGUAACUGAUCAAUAAUUGAUAUUAUUGAUAUUGGCAAUUAACCUGUAGAACUCUGCCUGGUACCUGCACCAGAGUGAUGUAGAGAUUGUAGAGAUGGGAUUAAGAACAUGCCAGCUCUGUGCUCAAUAACUGAUUUUGAUAUUAUUGAUAUUAGCAAUUAACCUGGAGAACUGUGCCUGGCAUCUACACCAGAGUGAUACUCCCGAGAAUGUGCCAGCUCUGUGCUCAGUAACUGAUCAGUACUUGAUACUAUUGAUAUUAUUGAUACUGGUAUUCACCAGAACAUAUUGAACAAUAUUCACCAGAACAUGCCAGCUCUGUGCUCAGUAACUGAUCAAUAACUGAUAUUAUUGAUAUUGGCAAUUAACCUGCAGCCCCAUAGCUCUGACAUUAGACAUCCAUGCUCUCAGGCUGGGCAGUUUCAGUUAACACAGAGACAGAGAGGGGAGGGUUGGUUUUCCUUCACAUCACUUCAUUAAACUCUUAAUUAAACUUCA